CGUGAAUCGUUAUAUUCGGCAUACAGUAAAAUAGGUGACUGGGAAAUUGGGGAUAGAUGUAAAAUUGGUAAUAGAUUCGGUAACGUUGUUUUUAUUGGGCUAACUGGAUUCGCUCCUGGUGAAUGGAUAGGGGUAGUAUUAGACGAACCCACAGGUAAAAAUGACGGCUCAGUUGAAGGAAAGAGGUAUUUUAAGUGCGAACCAAACCAUGGUUUGUUUUGCAAAGCUGGCAAAUUAGAGCACGUUGUGGGAUCUUCGAGUGUAAAGAGUCCUGGACUGGAAGCUUCUACUAGUAGUGAAUAUUCGAGGAACUUUGGGUACGAUGUAGGAGAUAGAGUUGUAGUCUCUGGAGGGAAGUUAGGAACCGUUCGUUUUCUGGGUCCUGUGGAUUUUCAAGAAGGAGUAUGGGCAGGAAUAGAAUUGGAUACUCCUCAAGGAAAGAAUGAUGGAAGUGUUCAGGGUAAAAGAUAUUUUACUGCAAAACCGAUGUACGGGCUUUUUGCAUCUGCUGCGAAAGUCACUCGUGCUGCACUUCAAGGGCCACCGAAGUUAAAAGUGCGGCAGACGAAAACUUCCGCUUUACGACAGAGAGCAGGAAGCCAAGAAUCUCUUUCGUCUCUUGGCAAUGUUUCCCUUGCUUCUUCCAGAAUAUCUAGAACUGGAUUUACACCUAAACCCCAGGCAAUUAAACAUACUCUUGCCAUACAAACGCUGUUUGCAUUUUACCUAUGUAACAUGUAA